AUGCGGUCGGCUCUCUACCAGGCAUCGGCGCUCCUGGCUAUACCCCUUACAGUCCUGCCGUCACCAGCUUCAGCCUCGGACAGAUUCAACUUUUACCCGGCUAGGUCGCAGUCGUGUCUCGACAAGGCCUUCGACAAGGCUGACUGCCCGACCGACACGGUAGUCGACCUCAAUAGAUGCUUGUGCAGCAACGACGGGGGCUUCAUCACCUCCACGGCCACAUGCCUAGCCUCCGAGGACCCAGGUGAUGUGGUGGCCGUCUGGGCCGUCAUGGAGGACGCUUGCGAUAACUCUGACACGCCAAUCAACAUAUCACGGUCCAAGUUUGAGGCUAUUGCCUCGUCUGCCGCGUCUACGGCCUCUACGGCCACAUCCACGGCUACAUCCACGGCCACAUCCACGGCAACAGGCACGAGUACGACGGCGACAAGCACGGCGGCCACCACGGACAGUGACUCCGGUUCCCUGGGCACCAAUGGCGUGAUUGGUGUAGCGGUGGGAUGCGCUGUCGCCGGUGCCGGUCUCGUGGCCUUGAUAUCGUGGUACAUCCUCCGACGGUUCAGGAGGCGCAGAUUGGCCCGCGGUGGCGACGACGGCAGCAGCGCCGCGGACAAGCCCCCAUGGGGGCAGGGCCACCCGGCGCCCUACCAGAUGGGCGAAGGGACCGGGUAUACCUACGAUCCUCUGUCCCCUUCACCCACCUUCAUCGGACAUUCGUCGGGAUACUACAGCAACGGCAACGGCGAGGAAAAUAGCGGGACGAAGUACCCAUCCGGCACAGGCACCGCCGUGUCGUUCCCCAGCCCUGAUCAGGACACGUACUACGUGCCCUCGGUCAUGACGGGGAAUUUGGAAGGCACGCUAUCUCCAGACUAUAUCCAGCAGCACCAGAUGCAACUUCAGAGGGAGAGGGAGCAGCAGCACGGGCCGGCGGAGCUCUCGUCGGAUGGGCCCGCACGGCCGCAUGUGGAGGCGCUGGAGAUUUCCACGAGCAGUUGA